AGAGGGUUUGAUAAAGUCACCGCCCUUUUGUCCUUCUCAGUAUAUAGAGAAUUCUCCUGAGCUAUGCAGACAGUCUCCUGGCAUUCAUCCCGCAGGAUAGAGAUGGACUCUGCACUCAAGCUGGUUUUCUUGUUGUCUUUGUGCUUGGCUGGUAAGGACAUGAAUGUGGAAUAUAUCAAAGGUGGUGGGAUACGAAUGAGAAGUCCUGUUUCAUGAUCCAUUUAUAAUCUGUGGGUCAUUCUACUGGCUUUAAAUUGAACCAUGGAUUAAACUAGGUAUCAUUACUAACAUGGAAAGUGGCUGAAUGAUCCAGGUGUAUCAGAUAAUGGUAGAUUUCAUUGCAAUGAAUUCAAUAGCUCCAGCUAAUACAAGUAGAAUGACCUUGAUGUGUACAAAGUAUCUCUGACUUUAAUUCAUUUAAAUAAAACUGUAGGGAAUUGAGAAUAUGGAACAGGUUAAAGCCUGGCAUGGCUGGGAUUGGAAUUUCUCGAUUUUAGUUAUUUGUCUAAUGUCUCUACAUUAACCUAAGGUUUGCAAAUACAGAAUGUAUGAUAUUGGGAUUGUGUUCUCAUGGCGAUCAAUACUUACUAAUUUUCCUGUUUUGGUGCAUUUUUACUUCAUUGACCACAGGCAAAAUGGAAUAUUUGUUUACCUGUGAUUGUCUUUAAUGUGAUUAAAAUGUUUAUAUAGUUAUAGAGUGUAUUCCUUUGUUAGACAUAAGGAUGCUUUUUGAACAUGGCUGGAUAUCUUUGGUCCAAGGGAUUUUGCUAAAAACAUAUUCCAUCAGUCCCAGCUGUAGUUCAUAUCACAUACUGCAUUCCUACAUGUUGUAUUCAUAAACAAAUGGAAUUCAGCACUUAUAUAUCCUUGCUUGAAGUGAGAUAAUUCUCUAAAUCUUUAGAUGACCAUGGUAGACACAGGGGUGAGUAAUAUCCGUUGAGAAUUUAGAUAUCCUGGAAUCCAAGACAGGCCAACACAACAGUUAAACAUCUAAUCACUCACUAGAAGAAACGCUGACACGUGCAAUAUAUACAGAAUUCCCAUCUCUGUAGCUCAAUGCCAGGGAACCACGAUGCCACAUCUCACAGAGUGACCAACCCUGGAAUGACUCACGUGCCAGCCAGGGACAGGUUACCAUGAAGAAUCCUUGAUAUAUGGGAUAACACAGGCAGGCAUGUUAUAUGUAUACAACCAAUAAAAUGAAAUGUUUAUUCAUUGUCCAUUCCGUUUGUUUCGUGAUCCAUCCAUAUUCUGUUUCGAAGUUCAGAAUUUCGUUUGAGUUGAUCUCCCAUUAUUUGGAAAAAUCACAACGUCGUAUAUUAUCUGAAACACAAUCAUGGGUGGAAUAUUGCAUGCGACCCACUUAUCGUGACUAUGUCAGCUAGUUAUAAUCAUAUAUGUAUUUGGUAAUUAUCGAUAAAAGCAGUAAUUAUUAAGUAUCCCUGCCUUUUUAUUUAACUGAAAAGUGACAGAUUUAUUAUUGUGUCAGUUUCCCAAAAAUCUUUGAAUUCUUUAUUUGCCAAAAACAUGUGCCAAUGAUCAAUCUGUUAUUUAAUAGCCACCAUCAUACCCAGACAAAUCACGUAAGAAUGUUAUAAUAGGCUCACAGGGGUCAUGCUUUUUUAGCUAAAAUACCAAAACUAAAAUUUAAAUUUUCCAACUCUGAUAUUUCGAAGUAAAGUUUCCACUUUCCUUUAGCAUUCUAAACCAGGAAUUCUAGAACUCUGACAAAGAAAUUCUAAAUGCUAAGUCAAAAUAUCUCCACCAAUAAUUCAUGAUUCGACAUACUUUGCGAUAACAUUUACAAUUCCCGUUAUCAAUUCACCACAAUUCUUCGUUUAAUGAAUACAGUCAAAAGUUGUUGAUUCUUUCAUCCCUUGUCUGUAACUAUGUAAUCAUAUUAUACAAAGCACAAAAAGCUGAGUGUAGAUGGGUUUUUUGUAAUUUUUAUUGUAGAUUAAAGUAACGAGAAUUAAUGCUUAACAUGAUCAAAUGUAAUAUUGUUUUAAAAGAUACAUGACAUUGUCAGCAAUGUAGUAUAAUAGACUGAAAAAAAGAAUCAGCCUUAAAGGAUCACUAUAGGGUCAGGAACACCAACAUGUAUUCCUGACUGUAUAGUGUUAAAACCACCAUCUAGCCCCCCCGGGCCCCUCAUGCCUCUGUAAAUAUAGCAAAAUCUUACUGUAUUCAAGCCUGAAGCUGUAACUCUGCAUUCUGUUAGACUCAGAAAAACAAGCAGUCUGCUACCAUCAUCAGAAGUGGUAGCCUGAUCCAAUCCCAAUGCUUCCCAAUAGGAUUGGCUGAGACUGACAAGGAGGCAGAUCAGUGGCAGAGCCAGCAUGAUUCAAACACAGCCCUGGCCAAUCAGCAUCUCCUCAUAGAGAUACAUUGAAUCAAUGUAUCUCUAUGAGGAAGGUUCAGUGUCUGCAUGCAGAGGGAGGAGAUACUGAAUGUUUGGAUGCAUUUUAGGCAGCCAUGACCCAGGAAGGAUCUCUAACAGCCAUCUGAGGAGUGGCCAGUGAAGUUAUCACUAGGCUGUAAUGUAAACACUGCGUUUUCUCUGAAAAGACAGUGUUUACAGCAAAAAGCCUGAAGGUAAUGAUUCUCCUAACCAGAACAAAUUCAAAGAGCUGUAGUUGUUCUGGUGACUAUAGUGUCCCUUUAAGAAAAUUGGUAAAAACCUUCUUGACUUCAAGGUAGCAGAUUUCUCCUUUUUCCUAUAAGUGGUUAACCCUCAUAUUGUGUAUUACCCACUUUAAAGGACCACUAUAGUGCCAGGAAAAUAUUCUCGUUUUCCUGGCACUAUAGUGAGGGGCAAUCCAACAAACUGUAACCCCUCACCUGCGACAUUCAUUGAGGAGCAAUAGCACCGAGGAGAGGGUUGAGGCAAAAGAAGGUUAAAUUAAAAGCCUUUGCUAUCUGCAUCCAUUAUUAUCUUCUGGUCUCAAGUCAGAGUAGCAUAUCAGAACAAAGCAGACAAUGGUAAAGGAUUAAAACAGCUCCAUUUCAGUGGAUCAGUUGGAGUGACUUGUGUGCAGUGACUGGCGAGUAUCCACGUGUCUUUUCCUUCUAGUUUCACUGAGGUAGAAGCACCUGGAAUAGACCGUCAAAGCGUGGUUCAAGCCUCUUUUAUCACCACCCAAUCACCAGGCUGCAGUUUGUGAGUUGCAGAAUCAGAGUCUGGAUCUGGAAUAGAAUCAAUGACUUGUUUAUGCACCCUACCUAAUAUUUGGUGUAAGGCCUGUACAAAGUCAAUCAUACUACCAUGCUGCAUCUGAAGGGUCUGGGGAAAAUAGAGGCCUGUCUUUGGGGCACAUGAAAACAGGAUCUCAAAAGGUGAUAGGCCAUGUCUGGAAUUGGGGGUGAAUCUCAUAGAAAAGAGUGCUAGGGGAAGGCAUUCAGUCCAGGGCUUCCCUGUGUCUUGCAUGGCUUUUGCAAUCUUGUUCUUUAAGGUGCCAUUUGCCCUUUCUACUUUCCCACUACUUGCAUUAUUUUCCCAGUGAAAUGGCUACCUCUGUCACUUUCAAUCACUUCAGGUACUCCAUAUCUACAUACCAGUUCCUUCAGAAGCUUACUUGCUGUGACCUUCGUUGUGGCUUUUGACACUGGGUAGGCCUCAGGCCAACCUGAAAAGAGAUCAAUGCACACGAAGACAUAUUCAUACACUCCUAUAUUAGGUAGUUGAAUAUAGUCUAUCUGCAGUCUUUGAAACGGGGAAAGUGGCCUUGGUGUGUGCGUACUUGGUGUUUUGACAGCCUGUCCUGGAUUGUUUCUAGCACAAAUCAUGCAAGCUUGGGUGUGUUUAGCUGCUACAACCCAAUGGGUGUUUACUAUGCUUUUCAUGUGCAUCUUGGAUAGAUGUGUAGGUCCAUUGGCCAUCUGGGCCAUAAUGGGGUACAACACUCGUGGUAGACACAGUCUUUUACCUUUCCUCCACAUUCUGUCAUCAUCAGGUUCUGCAUCUUGUUUCCUCCAGAGGUCAUGUUCUUCCUUGCUGUAGUCUUUGUAAGCUCAGCAGUAUAUUGUAGUCAAUGGUGUCAUCUGUAAGAACAACUUGCAGGAAGGUAUUACCUGUAGAAAUAUGUACUUGGAUUGCUGCUUGCUUGGCAGCUUCGUCUGCUUUGUGGUUUCCUCUUGUAAUUUCAUCUGUGAUCUUCACGUGAGCUGCCACCUUGAUGAUGCCUAAUUGAGUGGGUAGCAGCAUAGUGUCCAUAAGUGCACUCACGGCUUCAGAGUUCUUGAUUAGAGUACAAGCUGAGGUGAGAAAAUCACGAGCCCGCCAUGUAGCGCCAAAAUCAUGGGCUAUACCAAAAGCAUAGUGAGAGUCUGUAUAAAUAUUAGCAGUCUUACCAGAGGCCAUUUUACACGCUUCAGUGAGUGCCUUCAGCUCUGCCUCCUGUGCAGAGCAGUGAGGAGCGAGUGGUUCAGCUUUUCUUACCACUUGUGCAGAGACUACAGCAUAUCCAGUGUGGAAAUUACCCUUCUCAUCAGCAUAUCUGGAACCAUCUACAAAAAACUCAAAAUCUGCAUUAGAUAAUGAAGAAUCAAUUACAUGUGAAAAACCUGCUGUCGCUUGUGCCAUUAGUGCUGCACAAUCAUGGGGUACCUGGGCAUCAGCUAACUCAUCUGGUGAAAGUGAAUUUACAAAAAGAUCAGAAGUACAAGUACCAUUCACACUAUCCAGGUGUUAUUAAAUCCAGAGGAAGCAAUGUAGAUAGAUUUAACACCAUACACCUCUUCAGUGUAACAUUAGGUGGCAUAAGCAAGGCACAUUGCAUUCUGAGAUGCCUUGCAGUAUGUAUGUGUUUUGGUUGAACUUGUGAGAGUAUGCUGUUGAUAUCAUGCGGUGUGUAUAUGGUCACUGGGUUAUCUAAGACAAUAUCAGUGGCUUUGUCCAGGAGGGCAGUAAGAACCGCCACUGCCCUUACUCAUAAGGGGGCACCCCUGGCAACAGGGUCCAAUCUGGUGGAGUAGAAUGCUACUGGUCUUUGUUUACCACCAUGGUCCUGCGUAAGGACAGAUGUAGCAUAACCCGAUUGUUCAGUACAGAACAGUGUAAAAGGCUUUCUGGAAUCUGGGAGACCCAUUGCCGGAGCUGACUUCACGAGCAACUUAAGGGUACAGAAGGCAUUUUCUGCUGAUGAGUUAAUUUAAAGGUUUUGUUUUAGUUGGCAAGACAAUCAUACAGGGGCUGCAUGUAGAUUGCUGCAGAGCGAAGCCAAGGUCUGCCGUAUGAAACAAGGCCUAGGAAUGUACGUAGCUGGGCUAGACUGCAGUCUUUCUACUUUCCGUGAGAUGUUUUAUGCCCUGGGAAAUACAAUGUUCUAGGAAAAUAACUUUUUCAACACAUUUUGCAGUUUCGCUUCUGUAGCUUUGCAGCCUGCUUUUGCCAAGAAUUUCAGCAAGGAAAGAGUUUUCACAUUACAAGUUUCCUUAUCUUUGCAACAUAGGAGUAGGUCAUCGAUAUACUGCAAUAAAAUUAGGUUAUUUGGCCUUUUCCACUCUUCAAGAAUCUGGGCCAUAGCCAUGCUGUGGGUGAGUUUUGUGUGCCCUGGGACAAUACUGUCCAAGUGUACUGCUUGUGUUUAUGUGUAAAUGCAAAUAAAAACUGACUGUCGGGAUCCAGGGGGACACUGAAGAAUGCAUUUGCCAAUAACAGUAAAUACCUUAGAGGAAGGUGGUAUCUGUGACAACAAGGUGUGUGGGUUGGGGAUAUUAGAGGCAAUGAGUUCAGUUACAGCACUAAUUGCCCUCAAAUCAUGUACCAUACGGUAGACCACAAGAUUCCCUUUCACUUGUUUUUUCCUAAUUCGGUACAAUGGUGUGAUACAAGGGGAAGUGGUCUGGACAAUUACCCUUGUCUGCAGUGAUUCUUGCACAGAUUGGGAAAUAGCAUCUUCCUGUGCAGGGAUUAGGGGGUAUUGUUUUUGACAGGGAGGGGUGGCUCCAGGCAGGAGAUUCACUUUGUUUGGGGGCACAGAGAGUCUGCCUGCAUCUGUCUUCCCUGUAGCCCAUAGAGAAACAGGGACUGAGGACAAAUCAAUGGCAGGUUUUGGCACAUGGCUGGGCAUAGUGAGAGUUGGCAGAUGAGGGAUAUCAUUUGUUUGUCCUCUAAAGACAAAGACAUUGUUACUUUUCCAGUGGGGCUAUAAUUGAAAUUUGCAUUAAGGGCAGACAGUAUAUCACUGCCUAGUAGAUUAGCAGAGGCAUGAGGGGUGAAGAGUAGCCUUGUUACAAGGGCAGUAGAGUUGUGUAGCUGCAAACUCAGUUUGUGGGUAAGGGGAAUGUCACUUGGGAUCCCAUCCAUCCCUACACAUGAUAAUACAUCUUUAGACUUCUCAUACGGGAACAUAUAUUUUUCCUGCAACAUUAAUUUGGCUGCCCCAGUGUCCAACAGAAAAGGAACUAUUCGGUCCCCGGGCAGUGUAACAUUGAUAAUGGAUGAAGGUCUAGCUGAGUCAGGGAUACUGAAAGCAUGUAGGGACACUGGGUUGCCAAUUUCCUAUUGGGGAAGGGGAUGUAGUGUAGGUGGUUGCUUGUCAUGGGAGUUAUCCUUUGAAUCCUGGGGGUUUCUAUUUUUAGGAGGGCACCUGCAGUUGCGAUUGUGUCCUUUCCUGCACCAAUUCCAGCAGUCUACCUGCUUUCUGUCUCCACCAGCUCUAGGGACAGAUAGUGCCAUUAGAGGUGUGCUCCUCUUUCUAGUAAUUAGAUAGGCUUCCACUCCCAUAGCCACCUUUACCAGAUCACCAAAGGUUAAACUUCUCCACUCAGGUCUAGCAUUUUGGAGACGAGUCCUUAUGGGUUUGUGGAGACCAUCCAUGAAGCAGUUAAUGGGCAGUCUGGUGGAAGCUGUUUCAAUAUCUAUGUAACCCAAUGCCUCCCAAGCUAUCUGUAGUCUGUCGAAGAAUGUUUCAACAGAUUCAUCUUUGCAUAGCCCAUAAUUUAUGGGCUAGUUCCUCUGUCUUUACUUCAGCCCAUUCUCUCAUUGCAGUGACAUAACAUGCUCCAGAUGCAGACUUGGUUCUAAACCAUUCAUCUGUUUUCAUGUUGCUUCUUCUGAAGUUAUCUUCAUGGGCAUCGGUAAAUCUAGCAAUUAUUUUAGCACACUGGUAAGUAGUAUGGUAAGUAGCUUGAAUGGUGGAUAGAGACUGGACUAGAGCUAAGCUUUUGCUACAUCUGGCAGCUGAUGUAUUAUUGCCAGUUGUUCACUGGGUGUCCAGGGCUUAUAUUCUUCCCAGUAUUGGAUACCUGAGCUCUGCUGUCUCUUCUUAUAGUAUAGUCUCUCAGCUUUGGGUAUCAUGGGAUUAGUAAAUUGAUGAGCUAAUGGCCCCACUGUGGUGUCCCUAGGGGGCAACUAGGGGUUUCCUUAAGUCCGGUGGACUACCCUCUUCCUCUAAUGAACCCAUAGGUCUUACUGGGGCGGCUGGGGAAAUAUAUGAAGUCCCACUGCAUAAUAUUACUGGAAAGAGAGGUUCUGAUUUCUGUAAAAGGGCCAAUAUGUGAGCUGGGGGUUUAGGGAAACCACAACUUGUACAUUUUUCCUCCCCCCAAGAAUUUGUCCAUAUGCAUGUGGACAGAUCCAAUAUUCUUUCUGACUAGUGGUAGUAUAACCAAGAGAUUCCUGAUUUGGGGAAAUUGCCUGGUCUUUAGGGAUCAAAGGAGUCCUGGGGUUUCAAGAUUUUUCCCAGGAUCUUGCCUACUCUGGGACCCUAGAUGUCCAAAACAUUGAUAAUAUGGUGUACCUUUUCUGGUGGUUUCUCUACAACCACAUUUAAUUAAUUCAACUGCAGUAACAUGCCAUUUUUUGGCGACUUCUACUAAGUCAUUAUCUUCUAACCAUCCUCUGUAAUUUGCCAUAAGUUCCCUCCAAAUCUGUGGGUCUAGAGUGCCUUUACGGGCUGUUCGUGAACCGAAUGAACUAUCUUUUAAUAGCCCACACACUAAGGGACGUGUGGCGCUUGUUAACCGAUUGCAACAAUGUUGCAAUUGGUAAUUAGAGACUUUCCUAGGUGGCCGUCGUUCGGCUACCGACCACACGGCGGUCGGCCAUCUUGGAUCCUUUGUCUCUCCAGCGGUGUUUGGUCGUUGAGCGCGUGGUACUGAAAAUGGCUACUCGACGGCGCGAACACCGCUGGGCUUCCAGGCCAUUCGGGAGCUCCGGUCUUUCGCCAUUAGGGUCCCCCAUCGGUGUUCGGUAUUUUGGGGCGAACUCUAUGGCAAAGUGUAUUUCAUGCCGCGUUCGGUUGUUUUAGCUGGGAUCUGAGCGGUGUUCUCACGAACUGUGCAUUCCGACCCCAGCUAUCUACUUAAAAUCCAUUCGUUUAAAUCUGCCAAGUAUUCUUGAAGUUAUAGAUUUUAAUGUAACUUGCCGGUUCUGCUGCACGGAGGGAUAAUCCACUUAACGGUAUAUUCCAGUGGGAGUGUCCCUCUCGUGCAGCAGUGCCUGAUGGGAGAAAUGCCCUGUACGUUAAGUUUCCCAUGUAGUCCACUCCUGUAAUGCCCCUGUGAUGUGACUCAGGAAACCCCUUGCAUGGGGAAUUGUAUAAAUACUGGAGCAUGUGAAUAAAGCCUCGGUUGACUCCCAGAACUGUGUUUCGUCCGGUUACUGGGGGAUUUGGGACAUUGCCCUACUUUUCAGCGCUUGACUAUGGAUUACCUUCUUUACCACCGGAGUUCACGGGAUUUAAUAUUGCCGAUCCGCUACAACUUGUAAGGGUUAAUUACUUCCUUACACAAGACAAACUGUACAAAACAGUGUAUAAGACACUUAGGACCACUGCAGUGGAAUUUUCACAGUCUUGUCUUCAUUAUUCUAAACACAGGUCAGAUCUGCCUUGGAGGAUUCUAACUAUAAUUAUAAAAUAAAUGACAAGGCAAACAAUAAAAAUAACUUAAACCCACAGUUAUAUUCCACUAUCUCAAGAUUCCUUUCACAGAACAUUUAUAAUUCCACCUGAAUAUAAUGUAAUCCUUAAAACAUUUCUUUGGAUCUGACCUUUUGAAGUCGUUCCUUACCCAGACAGACCAGUAGGACAUGGAUCUGAGAGCAAAAUUGGUAAAGGUAGAAAAACAGUGUUCCUUACCUUGCUUCAGCUGAUUUCACUGUCAGAGGGACGUCCACCUGAACGCUAGUGUCAGAGUCUUUCGGCACCAAUUGAUAUAGAUCCAAUAUCGAUCUUUGUUAUAUUCAGGGGAACCCAAAUAGUAUCAAGUGCACUUAGAGAAGCGUGAAUUAGACACCAGUCGUGUGUUGUUAUCAAAAUGAGCCUCUGACUUUUAUUUUAUCAGUUUGUGCUUUUAUACAUUAAAAAGUAAGUGCUUAUGUGCAAAUACUCAAAGGACAGUAGAAGGAAGGGAGUGAAAUAACGGAAGGAGUACAGAUAAGACAUAGGGAUGAACAUCAUGUACAUAUAACAGAUAGGUUCCGGGAAAGAGAAGAAACAGACUGAUUUGAGAAGAGACAUCUCAGGUGGGGGCUAUCUGCUCCUGGAACUAGACAUAUAUGGUCUUAAGUGUUUGUUGGGGAUAAAAUCCGCCCGGCCCUUUGUGGAUGAUGGAUAUUUGCCAACUCAUUCAGAGCUCUGGAAAUUGGAAAUGAAUAGCAGAGAUGUGUUCAAUAACCAAUUUUAAUUUUAUUCAUCCGUCAGUUAUAUUAAUACCAGGAUGGGAGGGGGAAAAAUGAGCAUAUGGGCGUGACAAUGACAUAGAUUGUUUUUCACAAGUUAUGAGCAGCUGUUUCUUAUUAUAAUUCUACGUUAUAUAACGCAUGCAUAUUUGAUCAAAACUAAGAUAUUUACAAAUACCAAAAUCUUGGACAAUUAACAAGAACAUUUGGAAAUCAGUAUGGUCCUUCUCGUAAAUGAUAUUAGAUAAAUUCUUCCCAGAAUCGAAGAUACAAUUCCAAAUUUAUUCUUGGUUCACAUUAACCCUUAUAUGAACAGCUAGGAUAGAUAGUGAAAUGGAUAUUCAUAUCUACAGUGUUGUUUUGAGCAUUAAGCAUUUCCUGAGUCCAAGUUAGACAAUUUUAAUAUAGGAUAUGUAAUAUGACACCUAUAAGUUUGAACCUUGGAAUCAAUGUAAAUUCUUUCACACUAGCCUCAUAGCUCCCGUCAGGGGGUGUAGACAGUGACCAUAGCUCCGACACGGGGAUCCGAGACAGUGUGCGCACGCUGGUUCGGGAUAUGAAUGCUACUCCUGGGUGGCGUUCGGUUAUACGAACCGGCAGCCACCCAGGGGAAGCACGCGCCUUGCAGGCCUGCGGUUUUCACACCUUGUUACCAGGUGUGAACGUUCUAACUGUACAUUCCAAAUUAGGUGUUGGGGUGUCCCUGUUCGGGAGCCGAACAGAACCAUUCUUAUGAGCUCUCCCGAAUGGGGAGCAGGUAAAAUACACAAAUACAUCACAGUUUACAUGGGGAAACAGAGUAUAUAAGGGACAAUUGGGAGAAUACAAAAAAUACACAUUGCGAACACAAAAUACAAGGGCAAAACAUAUGAAUACAAACACAAACAAUAGGAUAAGUGGCGCUAAACAGAAAAUAGAUAAAUAAGAAAUCCCAGUGCGUCUAAAACCAAACCAGUGUUUUAGUCACCUGUAAAACACUUACAUUAAUACAAAUGGAUACAGGAAAAGGUGGUUUUGCGCAUACAGUGGAUGCUUGAUGAGAUAAUCUGCAACAUAGACAGCUAUCAUAGGGCAAUAUGCAUAAACCAAUUACUGGUAUAAGAAAUAAUUAGGAGCACUCACACUUUAGAGAGCCAUAUGAGUCGGCUCUCUACUGUAGUAGCAUGUAGAAUACUCUGUAGUUGAAGUGGUCCCCCAGGAACAAGAGUCUGGAUAUAAUCUGGAACAGAUAUACUUCUUAUAGAUCAAGAUGAAGGGCCACUGCUUGCAGGGACGAGAGGUUUAUUCUCAAACUCUACCACUUUCAGAAUGUUCAGACAGUGUGUUUAUGUGAGAUGAAACUUGAAUGUGGUCAAUGGAGGUAAGUGAUCACAGGAAUUAGCUGUGCUGUCAGAUUUAGGGUGGGAACUAUUAGUUAGUUGCUUGAUGAAAUUAUCUCAUCAAGCAUCCACUGUGUGUGCAACCUUCUCUACAUAGGCCGUACCAUCAGAUGUACCACAUUCGAAUUUCAGAGCAUAUUCGAAAUAUAAAAAAACGGAGUAGAAACUCAUAGUGUUUCCAGUCAUUUUAAAAAAUAUCACAAAACCACCUUUUCCUGUAUCCAAAACAUAUGAAUAUUGAGUGAUCAUGGUACUUAGUGGCGGUGUCCCGCCACAGUCACCUUCUCACCUUGCUGCUUGGCGAUGGUCUUCCAACCUUGUGUAGGUCUACAAUCUUGUCCCUGACAUCCUUGGACAGCUCUUCUGUCUUGGCCAUGGUGGAGAGUUUGGAAUUCGAUUGAUUGCUUCUGAGAUUAGGAGCACUCCUUUUCUGAAAGUCUUCCUAAUCUCAGCUUGUUACCUGUAUAAAAGACACCUUGGAGACAGAAAUCUUGCUGAUUAAUAGGGGAUCAAAUACUUAUUUCACUCAUUGACAUGCAAAUUCACAAAUUCUUCACAGCUACCUUCCCUUUCCAUUGCGUUAACCACAUUCUUAGGGUUAUUUAGUAAAGUAAAUUCAAAGGGAAUUUCAAAUUUAGAGUCAAAAUAGCUGAUCUUUAAAAAUCAGCUCUAAAUUAGCUAUGCUACCAGUUCGGCUAAUCUGGCCUUAAAUUUGAAAUUCCUUUUGAAGUUACUUGAAAUUUGCACUUUAGUUAAUAACACUAUCUGUGUCUAACUGCAUAUUGCAGGAACUAGCUCUACGAAGUCUAAUCUCUCAGAUGUGACUUUGGACGAGGGUCGAAUAGUAUUCUCAAUCCCAUAAUCUAAUAAAAUGUAACUUUGCUAUGGAUAACUGCAAUAUGUCCAACUUAAUAUAUCCUGUAAAGACUAAUUGUUUUUCAUUUUUCUUUAUCAGCUCAGAGUGGAACCAACACAGGAAUAGUCAGCACCACCACAAACAGCAUAUUUGACCAAAGCGGAACAUUUAAGUUGUUUUUUGAUAUCUAUUUAUACCCCACUAAUGGAAGUAACUCAUCGAUUUCAAACACAACAGUACAAUUCACGCCGAUGACUGCUUUAGUUUAUGAAGUUUUAGUGAAGAAUUUUAAACCGAAUACGGAGACAGCAUUGUGUCUCAAUGUGUCAGUGAUUGCCGGAAAUAGCAAUCCUGUAAUAUUGUACCACAGCUCUAUGAUAAAUAAAAGCACCCCAUUUUACAUAACUGAAUCCCCUGGACUGACUAUAUCAUUUUUAUCAAGUAAUAUAACAAAUAAUAUCAUAAAAGCAGCUGUAAAAGUUUUGGUGUAUAAUACCAUAAACAGUAAGUCAUCGAUAACAAGCGUCAAUUUUAAUGAAAGCACAACUGCAUAUUUUGACAUAGUUUUAACUCGAACAAUGACACAAACCACAACCACUCCUUUACCUACUAGUACCCAAUUAACAACAGCCAGCACCACUGAAGCAACAUCCACUAUUACCACAGAGACCUCUACUAGUGUUAAGACCACUAGUCCACCAACAUCGCCAACUACCUCUGAGACUUCUACCAGUACAAUGACCACUACUGAACCAACAUCCACCAGCAGCACAGAGACCUCUACUAGUAUUAAGACUACUAGUCCACCAACAUCGCCAACUACCUCUGAGAUUUCUACCAGUACAAUGACCACUACUGAACCAACAUCCACCAGCACCACAGAGACUUCUACUAGUGUUACGACUACUGGUCCACCAAAAUCGCCAACUACCUCUGAGAUUUCUACCACCACCGUUACUACUACUGAACCAACAUCCACCAGCACUACAGAUACCUCUACUAGUAUUAAGACCACUAGUCCACCAACAUUGCCAACUACCUCUGAGAUUUCUACCAGUACAAUGACCACUACUGAACCAACAUCCACCAGCACCACAGAGACUUCUACUAGUGUUACGACUACUGGUCCACCAAAAUCGCCAACUACCUCUGAGAUUUCUACCACCACCGUUACUACUACUGAACCAACAUCCACCAGCACUACAGAUACCUCUACUAGUAUUAAGACCACUAGUCCACCAACAUUGCCAACUACCUCUGAGAUUUCUACCAGUACAAUGCCCACUACUGAACUAACAUCCACCAGAACCACAGAGACCUCAACAAGUGUUGAGACAACUCCUGAGCCCACAUCAACCAUUACUGCAGCAACAUAUACCAGUACUGCUGUCACCACUAGUGAACGAACAUCCACCAGCACUGCAGAGACCUUUACAAGUUCCAAGACAACUAGCCAACCAACAUCAGCCAUAAUCACUGUGACACCUAGUGAGCCAACAUCCACCAGCACCACAGAGACCUCUAGCAGUACUGAGCCCACUAGUCAAUCAACGAUAAUCAGUACGACAAAGCCAACUACUUUUAUUACUACAAAUUCUCUGUCGCCAUCCACCCACAGCACAGAGACUACUGUCAAUCCAAGCACAAGUCAGCUGUCAUCAACCAGCACUACAGAGAGCACUCCUACUCCAACUACUACUGAGUCAACAUCAACUAGCACCACAAAGGCCACUAGUAGUCCAAGCACUACCCAGUUAACAUCAACUACAGAGAUCACUACCACUAGUCCAUGUUGUCGACCAACAUCAGAAUGCGUUACUUCUACUCCUACAGCAACCACUGGUAAGUCAACUUAAACUAGUACAAGAAUAUAUAGAAACCUCUAGUUUCCAUCAUUAAUUAUUUAAAUCCUUUACAAAGAACGAACCAAAAUGUAACCAUUACAACAACAAGCACGUAGAGAGUUGGAUAGACACUUAACUAAAUAGGAGAAGAUUGACAAACAUUUACUGGUUUAAUAUAUAAAUAUGAAAAGCCAAGGAUCGGCACAUUUAUUCUUACUGAAUAGCUGAACAACAAAAGAACAGCUCAAAUUGUGUGUAAUAUGUAUAACUAACAAUUAUUACAAUUAUAUUAAGUAGAAUUACAGAUUAAAAUCACGCAUUGGAUUUCAUUUUUGCAGAUGUCUCUCCUUUAAAAUCAUAAAUAAAAAUUACUAUAAUAUAACUUACUAACACAUAAAAUCUAAAUAAAUUGACUUGCCUCUGGUAGAACUAAUGAGCAGAAUAUUACAGACACUCCCAGACCCUAUUGACAGAUGAAUUGCAUGAACAGAGUUUAUUUAAAUAUCAGCUUUCCCCUUCACCCAUCGAUGAUAUAAAGCAAUGUUGACUAAACAGUCCCUUGUUAUAAGCCAUAUUUUUAAAGAAUGUUGUGGACUGUAUAUGAUGAUAAACCUUUAAACAUUAAAAGAAUGUCACUGUGACAUAUCAGGUACAGGAUCACAUCAUGCCACUUAGCUAGCAAAUGUAUCUUUAAAAUGAAUGUUACUUUUAAGCUGCCAAUCACACACAUCAUGAAAUGGCAAAUAAUAAAAAACAGCCUGACUGUGUUUGAAUAGGGUUUCGAAUGGGUGCCUGGGGGCCUGGGGCUCCACUUUGUCAGACCCUCAAACAUUUAAGUUGUGUAGUUUGUCUGUAGCCAGAGAUGUAGAGAAGGAGGUGCGGUAAUCUAGCAGACUAGAGGUGGCCAAGAUGCAGCCCUACCUCCUAGCUGAUGUAGAGUGAAUCCUUUGUGAACCCUACAAUCUUCACAGAGCCGAAAAUGUCUCAUCUACCAGGACGCAGAUAAUCAUAAUAUCUUGGGGUUUCUAGUCAGUCCCCUCAUUCUCAUGAUUAUAGAGCUAAAUCUUCACUUUGCUGAACACCUAUGAUAACAUUUUCUGCAGUAGAUUUAGAGAACAUAUAUUUCUGUUAAUGAGCAUAUAUUAAGAUAUUUUGUUUAAUAGCUUUCUAUUUUUUCUUUCAUACAGAACCACCAACACCCCAAUGUUACCCACUCUGGCUGGUGGUGGUCAUCGCUUCAAUCACUGCUGUAAUUACUACCCUUCUGAUCCUGCUUUGUGUUUUGGUAAGUGGAAAAUGGACACGAUUAACUCCUCAAGUAACCAAAGGCAUAGACCAUAAUUGGCAGAGUAUAAAAUGUAUUAUUAAUAUUUAUAGUAUUUAUAGAGCGAAAACUAAUUCCACGUUGCUUUACAAUAUUAUGAAGGAGGACAUUUAAUAAAGAGACCAUUACAAAAUGUUACAGAAACAAUAGGGUAAUGGUGAGGUAUAAAAACGCAAUACGAAGACAAGCGUGUGGGAUAGCAACUAAGCAACAAAGUGGGAACGUAGCUGGAUUGGGAGGUGAGAGUGAACUGUAAUCCUUUAACAGAAAGCAAGAGAUAUGCUGGUGAAAUUUAUUUAUUUAUAAAAUAUUUUACCAGGAUGGAUACAUUGAGAUUUCUCUCGUUUUCAAGUAUGUCCUGGGUCCACAACACAUUGCAUUGAUACAUUGGGGUACAAUAAAAUACAAAAACAAUAUUAAUACACAAUGUAUACAAAAUGUAACAUAGAGCAGGUAGGAAAUAUAUAAUCAACCAUGACAGGUUCAUUCUGUUUUGAGGUAUGUAGAGAGGGAUCUCUUAAAGGACUUUAGGCUUGGGGAAGAUUUGAAAGUGUGCGGGAGGUCGUUCCACAAUUGCGGUGCUCUAUAGGAGAAGGAGGAUCGGGCUGCUUUCUUUUUGUAUUGAGGUAGACUAAAUAAAGUGCUGGUACUGGAUCAGAGGUUAUAGGAGGUGGGAACACCCGGGGAGAGCAUUCUGCUCAGGUAGGGGGGGAGCUUCCCAGAAAAGCUCUUAAACACAAGGCUGGAAAAAUGAAGAGUGCAUCGGGAUUCCAGCGAAAGCCAGUUUAGCUCUUUUAACGGGACACUAUAGUCACCUGAACAACUUUAGCUUAAUGAAGUAGAUUUGGUGUAAAGAACAUGCCCCUGCAGCCUCGCUGCUCAAUCCUCUGCCAUUUAGGAGUUAAAUCCCUUUGUUUAUGAACCCUAGUCACACCUCCCUGCAUGUGACGUGCACAGCCUUCCAUAAACACUUCCUGUAAAGAGAGCCCUAUUUAGGCUUUCUUUAUUGCAAAUUCUGUUUAAUUAAGAAUUUCUUAUCCCCUGCUAUGUUAAUAGCUUGCUAGACCCUGCAAGAGCCUCCUAUAUGUGAUUGAAGUUCAAUUUAGAGAUUGAGAUACAAUUAUUUAAGGUAAAUUACAUCUGUUUGAAAGUGAAACCUUUUUUUUUUUCAUGCAGGCUCUGUCAAUCAUAGCCAGGGGAGGUGUGGCUAGGGCUGCAUAAACAGAAACAAAGUGAUUUAACUCCUAAAUGACAGUGAAUUGAGCAGUGAAAUUGCAGGGGAAUGAUCUAUACACUAAAACUGCUUUAUUUAGCUAAAGUAAUUUAGGUGAUUAUAGUGUUCCUUUAAUAUGUCACAAUGGUGGGUCAUGUAAUUAUAUUGUAGCACAAAGCGGCAGAACAAAUUAUGCAAUGUACUGAGUUUAUUAAUCUGGGAUUGCGGUGCAGAUGCAUAUACUACAUCCCCAUAAUCAAUGACUGGCAUCAGCAUUUGCUGUACAAUCUUUUCCUUUACUGUAGGGCUUAGGCAGGAUUUGUUUCUGUACAGGGCACCUAGUUUUGGAUAAAGUUUAGAUGCAAGUUUAUCUAUGUGGAGGCCAAAAGAUAGAUUGGGGUCUAACAACAUACCCAAGUAUUUGAAAGAGGGAAUGUGCUAUUUGAUUUUGUUUUGAUGCAUAGAUGGGAAUUUAGUACUUUGUAUAAUUUAGGUACUGUUCCAAAGCUCAUUGUGACCGUAUUGAGAGUUUGCCUUUAAAUACAUUAUUUGGACAUAUUGGAUUUUAUUGCACUUUUUCUGCCCCUUUAAAUCCAUGGGAAAUGUGCCUCUUCCCCUCCCCCUUUUUCCUAUCCUAUUGUUCUCCAGCAGGGCAUUGUCCCAGGGACACUGCCAGACCAGUUGAAACUGGUUGCUUUGUCCCUCCUCAAUCUCUCAUCAGCCCUUGCUAUUGUUUAACCACAUUGCGUGAGAUCUGAGUGCUUUUCGGACAUAUCUAGCGCUCAGAUCCAAGCUAUCUGGAGAUAUGUUGGACAUAUAGGUUAAACAUUGUAUUAUAUGAGUUAUGUAUUUUUAUGUGGUUUUUGUAACAGUUUUGACUUAGAGGUAUUCCCUGUACCUGGAGAUAAUUAAGUUACCAUAUCCACUUAAAGGACCACUCUAGGCACCCAGACCACUUCAGCUUAAUGAAGUGGUCUGGGAGCCAGGUCCAGCUAGGGUUAACCCAUUUUUUCAUAUGUUUAUGAAUGGGUUAAGCCUUCCCCUAUUUCCUCUAGCAGCUGUCUCAUUGACAGCUGCUAGAGGCGCUUGCGUGCUUCUCAUUGUGAUUUUCACAGUAAAAGCACGCCAGCGUCCAUAGGAAAGCAUUAUGAAUGCGCAUUCAGCCGACGGGGAGGAGAAGAGGAGGAUCGGAGGAGGAGAGCUCUCCGCCCAGUGCUGGAAAAAGGUAAGUUUUUACGCCUUUCCCCCUUCCAGAGCCGGGCGGGAGGGGGUCCCUGAGGGUGGGGGCACUAUAGUGCCAGGAAAACGAGUAUGUUUUCCUGGCACUAUAGUGGUCCUUUAAGCCAAUUAUCUCCAGGAUAGAGGAGAAGAUAGACCAGCUGUACAGCCUAAAUUUGUGGAACUGUUUUGGGCAGGAAAGUCAUGCUUGCAGUCGGUCAAAUGUGACUUCCAUGGAAUUUGUGAACCCCUGCUCUGAUCUGGGUGAUUUUUGGAUAUGUUGUUCACCCAGAUCAGGGCUAUCCGGGGAUGUGUUGUUGUUUUGGGGUGUUUCUGUGUUUUGGGUAAAAUUUUAUAUUUUCUGCCUGUGAUAAUUAAGUUAGCCUAUUGUGUUUAGUAAUUGUAUCACAGGCAGAGGGGAGGGUUUGUGUGCAUGGGAGUGUCUGACUGUACUGUAUUGUGUUGAUUGGUUGUUGUAACUUUGUGUCCUGUGUACCACAAGGUCCUCGUGGGUGGUAACAUUGUGUAUAUAAGAGCAAUAAAGCCUCAGUGCAUUCUGUUCCUGUUUGACCCUCAACACGUAGUCUUGUCUCGUGAUUGGAGGGGACAGCUAUAUUCACACUGGGGAUUGCUAUACUUGUAUAUCCCCCUGAGCUUUAAUCACUUAGCUCUUCUAAGAGCUGUUCCUGAUACGCUCUCCUGGAGGAGAGGUCUCCCCCACAUGGUCCUGGAGGACAUAGGCUGAUCCAGGGUGGAAGGAAGACGGCGAAACUCCAGUUAAGCUACGGGGGUUGUGGAGUCUGCAGUGGUUGUGGUGUCCGGUGCAGUGCUUGUGGUCCUCGGCGCAAGCUAGGAAGCGUCCAUCAUGGAAGGUACUCGGUCGGAGUAUCGAUGAUCCCUUAAGCUGUUCCAAAGGUUUAGAGCUACCGGUGAGAAGUCUGGCAAGCACCAAUUAGCAGUAAGGGUACGAGCAGCGGACAGUAGAAGUUCACCAGCAAAGUUGAGAAACCAAGAGGGGGCAUAUGAAAUGUAGAAGGGGGUAGAGUUAUUUAGAGUUUUGUAGGUAAGUGUUAGUAAUUUAAUUUGAGUCCUAUAGGGUAAAGGAAGCCAGUGACUGACAGAGUGGAGAGGUGUGAGCAGUGGUGUACUAAGGGGGGGCAGUCCCCUCUAAGUAGGGGGUGCCACGCUCUGGCAGACUGGCGCCCAGUUUGUGAGUCAGAGUAAAAGGAGGAGAUUCCCAGCCUGUGUUCUGACUCACACUGAGCAGCAGGGAGGUUAUUAUAGAGUGUAAGAGCAGGGGGCGCAGAGCCAGGUUGCUCCCCAGCGGCCACUCUGAACAUGCAGGGAAUCAGAACCUGCUGCACUGCCUGAUCCUGGGAAGGAGCUGCAUGGAGGCUGAAAGAGCAGCCACCACAUGGUGAGAGACGGCUCCUGCUGCUCCUGCACCCUCCUAAAUGGUGAGUUAAUACAGUAUUUGUAAAGUACCCUCUGACUUACCUCUCCCACCCUCCCUGCCAUUAUACCCCUAAUCCUAUCCUUGUCAUAAUACCCUCCCUGCCAUAUACCCCCAGUUUGUCAUAAUACCCUCCCUGCCAUAAAUCCACCACCUAGUCAUAAUUCCCACCCUGGCAUAUAUUCCUCAACAUGUCACAUGCUGUCAAAGUAUCCACCACAGUGUCCCACCCUGCCAUAUACCCUUCUCCUGCUAGUUAUACUCACCCACAUACAUAUACCUCCACGUCGUCACAUUCCCCCACACACUAAGUCCCAGCCAGUUCUAUUCUGACCCACCCAGGCACAUACAACUGUUCCCCCACUGUCAUAUAGACACAUUACACACAGGCUCACAUUCUCAAAUUACAUAUGCAGUCACACACAAUGCACAUACAUACGCUGUCACAAACUUUUUCACACAAGGGAAAAGAACAGAUAUAUACUGGAAUACAGUGAGAUUCAAAAAAUUGUAAGCACUGCAUAGAAGUUAGUGCGCGCCCUGCAGUGAGCCGGCAGCUGGGAUAUGAUAUCAUCCUGGCAUCGGCAUCACUACUGGGAGCGUGAGUGAGCUGUGCAGGAAGAGCAACCACUAGUCCCCAGGGGGAGGAUCCACUCCAGCCCUCCCAGAGCAAGGUAGGGAGGUUGGUUGGACCUCUUAAUAACUAAAUGUUUGUCUAAGAAUAUGAUUUAUGUGUGUAUAUCAGUAAUUAUGUGUGUAUGUGAUUGUUUGUGUAUGUCUGCGAUUAUGUGUAUCUGUCGUUAGGUGUGUGUUUAUUGUGAUUGUGUGUGCCUGUGAUUAUGAGGGUGUAUGUCUGUGAUUGUCUGUAUACAAGUCUGUGUGUAUAUAUCUGUGGUUGUGUGUGUAUGUAAAUGUGUAUGUGUUUAGUAGAUAACUCCAUAAUUUAGGUCCUUAAAUAUGUCAAUAUUGUGUGCUGCUGGUUAACCUCUUGAUCCCAAUUAGAACGUUGUGGUUAACCGCAGACACUUCUCAAUUAAAACUGAAUACAGGGUGGUCGUCGUAUGUCGACCACGAGGCGGCGGCCAUUUUAAACCAUGCGAAAGACCAGCGGUGUUCGGCAUUGAUUUCAUGGAACUGAAAACUGACACAUUUUCUGCCGAACACCGCUGAAGCCACCGACCUCCCUUCUCAAUCGACAGAAGUAUACGAACUCCGGCCAUUCGGGAGUUUUAAACGCACGAAUAGACUUAACCCAGAUAGCCUUCCCAUGGAGUCAAUCGCAUACCGAAAGACUGUAAUAGACUUUGACUCCAUGGUGAUUGAACUAUACGUAUGGGAUCUGAGCGCUAUUUGACAAUAAUAUGCACUCAGAUCCAGGCUAUCUGGGGAUAUCUGAUACGAAUGGGUAACAUUCGACAAUUGUAAAGUUAUAUAUUUUUAUAUGUUUUCUGUGUUGAAUUUAAAAUGGCGAUUUGCCUCUUUCCUGGAGAUAAUUGAAUUACUUCUCAAUUAUCUCCAGGGCAGAGGGGAGGAAAUACUAAUGCAUGCUGGGAAUAUUCUGUGUCUGUGGGUCCUAACCUGCCAUAUGUCUGUCUAUUGUUACAGUCUCCCAUUUGGUCCCCUAGGGGAGUGUCCACCAAGUGGGAGACCUGCAUAAAUACGGGCAGGUAGCCCACAGUAAAGCCAGUUCAUGUUUUACCCUCAAUGCAGAGCUUGGUUUUGUUAUUGGGGGGAUUUAUUACCGACGACUAGAGACUGCUGGAUGGGAUUAUUAGCUACUUGGGAGAUAUAUGCGUUCGGCUACUAUUGGCGAUUCGUGAGUUUGGAGCUCGUGAAGUGAAGUGCCCGUACGGAUCCCGUUCGUACAUUUACAGCGUUCCCCUGCUUGCGGUUCGUAUGAUUGUACUUGAUACGCAUGAAGCCUGUGUUAUUGCAAGAGGGGAGGAUUCACUAAACGGCAGUUUGUGCAUUUGAUGCUGAGGGUACCGUAACACAACCUUCUUCAUACGCCUACUUUUACCCUCUGUGUCACUAUACCCCACUCUCUCUAACAUGUAAACUCACUGAGAAGGGCCUCAAUCGCUCUGUUACUGUGUCACUAAACCCCACUCCCUCUAACAUGUAAACUCACUGAGCAGGGCCCUCAACCCCUCUGUUACUGUGUCAUUAUACCACACUCCCUCUAACAUGUAAGCUCACUGAGCAGGGCCCUCAAUCCCUCUGUUACUGUCACUAUACCCCACUCCCUCUAACAUGUAAGUUCAUUGAGUAGGGUCUCAAUCACUGUGUUACUGUGUCACUAUACCCCACUCCCUCUAACAUGUAAACUCACUGAGCAGGCCCUCAAUCCCUAUGUUACUGUGUCACUAUACCCUACUCCCUCUAACAUGUAAGCUCAUUGAGUAGGGCCUCAAUCACUGUGUUACUGUGUCACUAUAACCCACUACCUCUAACAUGUAAACUCACUGAGCAGGCCCUCAAUCCCUAUGUUACUGUGUCACUAUAUCCUACUCCCUCUAACAUGUAAGCUCACUGGGCAGGGCCCUCAAUCCCUCUGUUACUGUGUCACUAUACCCCACUCUCUCUAACAUGUAAACUCACUGAGAAGGGCCUCAAUCGCUCUGUUACUGUGUCACUAAACCCCACUCUCUCUAGCAUGAGAGCUCAUUAAGCAUGUCCCUCAACCCCUCUGUUCCUGUCUUCCUCUGUCCAACGUCUCUGGUUACAACUACAUGUUCGUUCACCCACUGUAAAGCGCUGCAGAAUUUGUUGGCGCUAUAUAAAAAUUAACAUCAUAAUAAUAAUAAUUAUAAUUAAUUAUAAGGACACUAUAGUCACCAAAACCACUUUAUCGAAACAGAUUUGGUGUAUAGAUCGUGCCCCUGCAGUUUCACUGCUCAAUUCUCUGCCUUUUAAGAGCUGAAGCACAUUUUAUACAUGUUAGUUUGUAACCAGGUAGAUUUAUAAAAGUGUAAACGUCUAUUGAAAUCUGCACUCAGGGCUGGUGCUACCAUAAGGCGCACAGGGUGCAUAGCCCUGGGCGUGCAAGGGGGCGCUCCCCUACUGCUGGUCUCUGAAGAGACACACAGAGGGGCUGAGAAGGGAAGAAAGACACACAAAGGGGGCUGGGGAGAGAAAGAGGCACACAGAGGUGCUGGGAGGUGUACCAAAUGGCACAGAGGGGCUGGGGAGGGUCAAAACAGGCAGGGGUUGUGGAAUGGGUAAGAGACAGGUAUGGGCUGGGGGUUAGACACCAUGGAGUCAAACCCCCAGCCCAUACCUGUCUCUUACCCAUUCCACAGAGGGGCUAGAGGGAAAAAGAGACAUAGUUGGUCUGUGGGUUGAAAGAGGCAAGGUGCUGGAGAAAUUGACACAGAGGGGUUGUGGGGGAUUAGGAGACAUAGAGGGGAUGGGGAAGGAUAGAAAAAUAUAUUCAUAAGGUGGUAAGAAAAUCAAGAGGGGGAUUAAAGCAGCAUCGUUAUGCCAAACUUACCUUUUACCUGCUAUUUGCUUAUCUCUUCCUCUCUCAGAAUCUGUAUACGUAGGGACUACUUUACCGUAUGUAUUUUUGCUAAACUUGACCUGCUUCGACCAAAGGAGGAGCUUAAGUCCGCUUUAUUUUCUGUGUCAAUGAGGAGGGUGAGUAUUGUGGGAAAGUUUCUUUGACCACAGAAAAUGGAGCGGACUUAAGCAGGUCAAGCGUAGGAAAAAUACAUAAGACAAAGUAGUCCCUAUUUUGUAUUAUGUUUUAAAGAAACACAGAUCAGAUAAGAAAUGAAGAAGAGAUGUUGUGAGAGGAAAAGAAGAGGAAGCAAUAGGGGAAAAGUUCAGCAUGAAAGUGCAGGUUUAAGGGACCCAUAGGUGAAGAUGCCUUUUUUGGGAGGUUAGAGCUACAAACAAUAGUUUUUUGCUUAUAUGUAAUCCAGCACAGAGAGAGGGAGAGAGAGAGAAAGGGAGAGGGAGUGAGAGAGAGAGUCAGAGAGAAAGAGAGGGAGGGAGGGAGAGAGAGAGGGAGAGGGAGUGAGAGAGAGAGUCAGAGAGAAAGAGAGGGAGGGAGGGAGAGAGAGAGGGAGAGAGAGAGAGAGAGAGAAAGAGAGGGAGGGAGGGAGCGAGAGGGGGGAGGAAAGAGAGAAAGAAAAGAAAGAGAGAAAGAAGAAGAGAGGGAGAGGGAGGCAGUGAGAAAGAGGAGAAGAGAGGGAGGGAGAGGGAGGAAGGGAGAGAGGGGGAAAGAGAGUGAGAGAGAGAGGGGAAGAGAGAGAGGGAGAGAGGGAGGCAGAGGGGGAAGAAAGAGAGAUAAAGAGAGGAGUAAAGAGAGGGAGGGGGAUGGAGAGAGGGAGGGAGUGAGAGAGAGAGGGGGGAAUGAAAGAGAGGGAGAAAUAAAGAGAGGGGGAAGAGAGAGAGAGGGGGAGGGAAUGAGAGAGAGGGGAAGGGAGGGAAAGAGAGAGAGAGAGAGAGAGAGAGAGAGAGAGAGAGAGGGAGGAAAGGAAGGGAGAGAUAAAGAGAGAGGGAGAGAAGAAGUGAGAGAGAGGGAGAGAGAGAGAGGAGAGAUAAAGAGAGGGUGUGUUAUUUUUGUUACUUUGUUUUUAUUCCCCACAAAGAAGGGACAAUAUGUUAUAUUGUUAUUUAUUUAAAAAAAAAAAAAACGCAAUACCAUUUUGUUGUACAUUAAUUAGUAACAAAAUAUUGGCUUGUAAAAAAUAUUUACUUUCAUAAUAAAACAUAAUUUGUUAUUCAUUAUGCGUUUUAUCCCAAUUUAUUUCCACUAUUGACUUUCUUAUUGCUUUUAGAUUGGAAAAAUGCUUAAAAAUGCAAGAUCGAACCGUCAUUAUAACGCAAAUGCCUAGAUGCUGUAAGAUUCCGUCAUCCACCAGAUCAGUCGAGGACAGUUUCUAAGCCUUCCAGUUGCCACUAUUACACCAUUGUCAAAAGAGAAAUAUCGGUAUUGUCUUCUACUUACAUCUUACGAUGUCAUCGUGGCAUGUUUCCAUUCUACCAAUAGUCAACCACCACACUGCUAGUUUUGGAAGUGCAGUAUAGAGACAAACAGGUUUAUUCACUGAUGUGAGAAUUCAAAGUAAAUUUCAAAUUCAAGGUAAAAAUAGCUGAUUUGGAAACAUUAUCCAAGUCAGCUAAGGUCCAGUUUGGCUACUUUGGCCCUAAAUUUGAAAUUCACAUUGUUUGCCUUUGAAUUUUCCCUUCAUUGAAGCCCACAAAGUAUACAGAGUUCAAACAUUAGUAGGGCAACUUUUUGGUUGCGAUGCCAUUAUGACUGACGAUGAAGACGAAGAUGAUGAAACUAGUAUUUGAUUGCAGUAAUGGUUUGGUGGGGGGGAGGCUUUGUUUAUUUAACCUCCAUAUGGUAUACAAUGUAUUCUGAUUUUGCGAGAGCAUUAGAAUAAUGAUAACUGGUUCACUUCCUGCUCCAUUAUCAACACACAUCCACUCCCAAAUAUGGAGGCCACUGUAUUUAUAACAACUUAAAGCUAUUAACACUGUAACUGUUCAUUAUAUAAAUAAAUGCACAAAAUCCAUAUUUAACAAAAAUGUAAUCUGAAAAAAUACCUGAAAUCAAAUGAUAAUGUCCCUCUCUUACUCUAAAGGGUUUGGGGAGGUCACUGUACCUGUGAAAGCUUGUGGGUUAUUUGGCUAACACGAGCCGUAACACCUGGCAACUAAGGAAAUGGCUCCUUGGCCUACCCAUAGUGUCAUAUUAUCUACUGCAAACCAAAACAAACACGUUCCCACAGAUUAUGACAUUUGACUUUUUGUUCCUCUUACCCUCUGUCACCACUCUGCUCCUUAGCCCCAGGGCCGGCCUUAGGGGUGUGCGAGCUGCAACGGGGGCGCCAUGGGGCCACACAGUUCACACAUCUCCCAACUAUGCGACAGGGGCGGGGCUUACAGAUUCAGAUCAGCAUGCCCCUCUCCCAACUAGGUAACAACAGGAAAGGAGGAAUGAAUAUGUGUUUUAAAAUUAUUAUUAAUUUAAUAAAUCCCCUAUACAAUCACUACAUUCCUAUACACACACUAUACAUGGAUGACGGAGGGGCGGGGGGGACGCUGUGAAGAUUUUUCGCACAGGGCUCCUAAAUUCUGGCCCAGUCCGUUCCAUGAGGUCUUUCAUAACGAUAAGCUUUUAGUGAAUAAGUCACAGAGAGUUUGACAGAUAAAUUAGGUAUUCUAAGAUUUCUGAGGAUUCCCCAAGCAGUAGAUAAGCUUAUAUUGCCUUUAGCACUUACACGUUUUGUAUAUAUGCGGCUAAGGGUAUAUUUUUAAAUCAUUCUGUUACCUAGGCAAAAAAUAUACAUCAUUAACAGAGUAUAAUCAAUAAAGUGCUAGCCAAUAGAAAAAGCAGUUUAUGAUUAGAAGUUCCACCCCAUUUGUGGCAUUCCACCACACUAGUAUUACUAUGUACAUAUUAAAGGGACACUCCAGACCCCUAAAGCACGUUAUUUUAGAAACACGCAGAUGUACCUGAUGUGUAAAGAGUGUGUCCUAUUUUUAUUUUUUUCACUUAGUUUGUUUUCCUGGCACUACAGUGGUCCUUUAAUAAAUGAACCUUGUUACACCCUCUCUGGCUGUCAAUCAGACAGGUGGUCUGGUUACUUCCUGGUUUGGUUAGCUCAGUGGAGAUAAACUCAACAGGCAGCAAUUGCCCAGUGCACCUGUCUUGUACAGAUUUUCAUUAAGCUGCAAAUGGAAGUCUGUGAUUGGACAGCCAUGGAAAGCUUGGGCUGGGGGUUAGAAUGGGAGGGUUUAUAAAGGAUGCAGACAAGAGAACUGCAGCUUAUACAUCCCAAUACAUUGGGGUAUAUCUACUAAACAAUGGUUUGCAUUUAUUUUAUUUUUUUGUAUUUGGGCAGUGGAGUAUCCCUUUAAUUCAGCACAUUCUCACUGUAAUAAAGUGAUGGUCAAAAGCAAUGUGUGACAUGUUCUCACCUAAAAAGAGAAACAAAUCACCGCCAAUGUUCACCAAUCCCCAUUUUACACUCAGUAGUAUUAUAAGAGGACAUGUUCCUAAUUUUAAUAUAAAAAAUAAAUGUGAAUGCACAGUCGGAGGAAAUAAUCUAUUAUGUCUCCCAUCAGUCUGUUUAAAGAAAGCACAUGUAUAUUUUAUAACGGUAUGAAUAGUAUAACUAUUUGAAAAGAAUGUAACAAAAUGACCUUCUUUAAAAUGUUUAAAAUGCAUUUUGUGAGAUUAAUUUUAUAUCUAAUACUGGCAUUUUUUAAUUCUAGUCCUCCCUGCCUCCAGGGGGCGCUCUACUUAUUGUUCAGAAGCUGAAUGUGAGCCUGUCACCACGGUGCUCGCUCAGAGUGUAGCCUGAAAGGCAUGCCUUGCUAUGGAAGCCAAGCGCCCUCCUGGCUGGCGAGAGUAUAAUUAACAAGUGCCCAUAUCACUACAAUACAAAAUUCUAAAACGAUUGCAAUGCUGCCUUACACCAUGUACUGUAAAUGAUUUUAAUAAAAAAUAAUUUUAAAAUAAAACUAUCCAACAAUUA